CCGGGGGGAUUUUGGCAUCGGGAAUGGCUUUCCCCACGUUUUAUGGUUCCUCGGGGAUCACCUGGUGUCAACGGGGAACUUGUGACAUAGGGGUUUUGGUUUUAUUUAUUUUUUUUUUUUUUGGUAAAAAGGAGUUGGGUUUGCCUAACCUCCACUGUGCCAGAAACUUCCAGGGGUGUGGGAAUAGUGGAGUUCAGGGUGGUGGAGGAGCCGUGCUGUAAAAUCCUGGAGGAAAUGAAAACCGGAAUGGGUUCAAUUCCUUAGAAAAGCCGGGGAGAUGUUCCCAGACACUGCUCAGGGACACUGCGGGGUGGCGUUCCAAUCCCAUUGGCACACAGCCAUAAUCCCAAGAGUCACCUGUUCCCUCAGUUCCAGGGCAGGAUGGCUCAGGACAUGACCGAGAAGGAGCUGCUGAAGAUGGAGCUGGACCAGCUGAAGAAGGAGGUGAAGAACGAGAGGCAAAUGGUCUCCAAGACAGGCAAGGAGAUCAAGGAGUACAUCGAGUCCAUGGCGGGCGAGGACCCGCUGCUCAAGGGCGUGCCCGAGGACAAGAACCCCUUCAAGGAGAAGGGAGGCUGCACCAUCAGCUGACCCCCUCUCCCAUCCCAGGACUGUCGGCUUCCCCUCCAGCCUGACCAAACCCUAGAGCAGUUAGAGGGCAGCAAAAGGAGAAAAAGAAGGAAGAAGAAUAAAAAAAAAAAAACAACCAAAAAACCACGAACAAAGCAAAACAAAACAAAAAACCAAAACCAACCCCACCCCCCUCGGGGGCUGAGCUGCGGCCGGAGCUCGCAGCUGAGCUUUGCUUUCCCACGAGCAAAAAAUAAAAAAAGACCAACCCAAAACUUCUGCAUUUUUAACAGCCUGAGCAAGAGGGGGAUGGUGGAAACACUGAGCUGUGUCUGCUCUGAACCCCCCGAGCCUGGAAUUCCCACCUGCUCCGGGCUCUGAGCUUUGUUCCCCUGAUCCCCAAGAUCCCAGAGCGCUCCCUUCCCUCGGGAUUCCACCUGGGAUCAGCUCGGGAAGGAGGGAGAUGCCACCACCACCAUCCCACCU